CAUUACCUGCACGGACGGUGUUCACUGUUUCAAAGCGCUCGCGAAAAGUCAACGGGCGACCAUGUCGUCGUCCUCCUCGUACCUGUCAUCGAGGCCCUCCGCAGCUCACCGGCGGACCCAGCCCCCGAACGCCGGCGGAGCCGCCGCCGCCCUCCACCGCGACGCCGCCGCGGAUCCCGCUCCGAACCCACUUCCCCUUUUCCGGUUCGUCUCCUUCGGGCUCAUCGUUUUCCUCGGAAUCCUCCAGUUCUUGCCGGCGACACACGUUCGACACCCCGCCGAUCCUCACAGAAAUUGGUUUCCCAUCGAAAACUUCCUGAACGAAUCCCACUCCUUUUCCCCAUUGGGCAAGUUUGGGGCUUCUGGUGGAGAAAACGCCAAAGUGAUCACAUCAAACUAUGAAGAGGAUGGAAUGGUGCAUGUUGUUUCUUGGAUGGAGUGUCUGGACCUUCGGCUGCUUGCAGUCCUCGCCAAUUCAACUUUGACUAGCUCAAGAAAUCCAGAUUUGAUGUAUUUUCAUUUCUUUAUUCCCGGUGGAAGUGAAGACAAGCUAUCAUUUUAUAAGUUAAAGGUGUUGUUCCCAAAUUCACAUCUAGAAAUUCACGGGCAGGAGAAUAUCAAGGAACUAAUUACAAAUGCCAUGUUCCCUUUGGAGCCAAAUUACGAGGAAUUAGCACCAUUUGCAAUACAAAUAAUUCUUCAGUCACUAACGAAGUUCAUAUAUUUCUCAUCGGACCUCGUAGUGAAGGGAAGAGCUGAGGAACUGAUUUCUCUUGACUUGCAAAGUUACGGUAUUGCUGCAGCAGAGGACUGCUCGAAGAGAUUGACUGACUAUGUGAAACCAGAAGUCUUGGAUGCCAUUCAGAGAUCAGCUUCAAGGCCCUGGGUAUCUGACACACCAUACGAAAAGAAUGCUUGCAUUCCCAAUCUAAGUGUGCUCUUAAUUGGCACAAGAAAUUUGAGAAAAGACUUUCUUCAGGCAGUUUCAUGGUGGACUACAGUACUAAAUUGGAACAAAAGCGCUGGCGAGGGCAACCCUGCCUUAUUUUUAACACUCUACCACAAUUACUCUAAGCUUUCCUCUUCUUGGUUGUCAGUCGACUAUAAAGCGUUACCUGAAAGCAUAUUAAAGAAGAUGGUCAUCCCUUAUGAUGGUCCCAAGAAACUUUGCUCGGCACUUGGAGCUGGAUCCACUCUGCAGUUCGAAAGAGGCGAAUUAUGGAAACAGUACCUUCCUCCGAUGUCGUCUCAAAUGCUAGGACCGUAGAUUUUUCCCAAAGAUAUGUAGUUCAGGCCUAUUGUUGAAAGUUGGGUUUCCGUGCAAAAUUUUUUAAGUACCAUUGACAUGCCGCUAUGUGUAUGCUUAGUUUGGCUGAUGUAAUUUAGAACUUAAGAAGAUAAUGUUUGUUUUCCAACCCAGGUGAUUAUAGAUGAUUAAAAGGGUUGCGGUUC